UCUCCAAGCCUCCAGCUCUCUCUUCUCAGAACAGAACGAGACCAACCAUGAGCCACUCUUCAAUGCAUACCUCAACUUCCUACAGGCGCACCUUUGGAAGCCCACACCCCAUCUCCAUGUCCUCUUACUCCCCUGUAUCCUCCCGCAUGCCCGUUUCUGGGGGUCGCUAUAUGCGUUCAAUGUCACCCGUGGUUGCAUCCCGCUCCACCAUCUACCAACAACAGCGUUCUCGCUCCGGCGCCCAACCCCCUCGCCUCUCCUAUGACAAGGUGGACUUCACCCUGUCUGAAGCCAUCAACCAGGAGUUCCUAACCACCCGCAGCAACGAGAAGGCCGAGCUGCAGGAGCUCAACGACCGCUUUGCCAGCUUCAUCGAGAAGGUGCGCUACCUGGAGCAGCAGAAUGGUGCACUGCAGCAGGAGCUCAACCAGUUCAAGGGCCAGCAGCAGCAUGGUCAGCCCAGCCGUGCCUCUGAGAUCUUCCAGGAGGAGGUGAGGGACCUGCGCCGCCAACUGGACGCCACCGGAAAGGAGAGGGACCAUUACCAAGUGGAGAGGGACAACCUGGCUGAAGACGUGGUCCUGCUCAAGCAGAGGUUGGAGGAAGAGGCCCAGAAGAGGGCAGAUGCUGAGCAUAACCUGGUUGCCUUCCGCAAGGAUGUGGAUGAUGCCACAUUGUCCCGUCUGGAGCUGGAGAGGAAGAUCGAGUCUCUGAUGGAUGAAAUUGAAUUCCUCAAGAAGCUACAUGAUGAAGAAAUCCAGGACGUACAAGUGAGUGUCCAGACCCAGCAGCUGAAGAUGGAGGUGGACAGCAGUACUGCCAGGCCUGACCUAACUGGAGCUCUGAGGGAUAUCCGGGCCCAGUAUGAGACCAUUGCCUUGAAGAACAUGCAGGAAUCUGAGGACUGGUACAAGUCCAAGUUUAAUGAUCUGACUGAGUCUGCAAAGCGCAACACUGAUAAUCUGAGGCAGGCCAAGCAGGAGGCCAAUGAGUCCAGGAGGCAGAUUCAGUCUCUUAGCUGUGAAAUUGAUGCACUGAAGAACACGAAUGAAGCUCUGCUGAGGCAGAUGCGUGAGAUGGAGGACCAAUUUGGCAAUGAGAUCGGCAACUACCAGGACAAUGUAGGAAGGCUGGAGGAUGAGAUCCGCCACCUGAAGGACGAGAUGGCUCGCCACCUUCGGGAGUACCAGGACCUCCUUAAUGUCAAAAUGGCUUUGGACAUUGAGAUUGCAACUUACCGUAAACUGCUGGAGGGGGAGGAGAGCAGGAUUACUCUUCCCAUGCUCAAUAUUGGCAUGAGCAGUUACCAAGUCGAACGAGACUAUGAACACACUCCAGGCAGCAUGAGCAAGAAGACUGUGGUGAUUAAGACCGUUGAGACUAGAGACGGAGAGGUGGUGAAGGAAUCCAGGAGGGAGAAGGAGAGAGAGUCAGUCCGAACAGACAAGGACGACAAGGACGACAAGGACGACGACGACGAGUAGAAAAAAACUAUUAGAAAGUGUUAAGGCCAGAGCCACGAGAGAAAAAAAAUACAUUAAAUAAAUGAGGACCCCCUCACUGCCAAAAAACAAAUACAAAAAAAACCCUCUUAUCUAUAUAGUCCUCAUUCCUACUAGCUGUGUUAAAUUGUCUAGCAGAAAGUCUCUCAGUAUAGGUGCAAUGUUGAAUGAAUCCCUUUAGACAGUGUCACUUUGGUGCUAUUUAAACCACCCAACUUUUGCUAAACACUUAUGUCAUCUGUAGGGCUAUGUAAAGCCACUUUAUUAACAUAUGAAAA